AUGCUGGCAGCUUUUAAGAAAGGAGUGGUUGGAGGAGUGAAAGUUCACGUUGAUCGUCUACAGACACUAAUAUCUGGAGCUGUGGUAGAACAACUUGACUUCUUACGAAUCAGUGACACAGAAGAGCUUCCAGAAUUUAAGAGUUUUGAGGAACUAGAAGUUCCCAAACAUUCAAAAGUCAAACGACAAAGCAGCACCUCCAAUGCUCCUGAACAAGAACAGCAGCCAGAUGUCACCAUUACUGAAUGGAAAAACAAACCCACCCAAGAAAUUCUUCAAAAACUGAAAGACUGUAGUUGUCUGGCUAGCCAAGCCAUCCUGCUGGGUAUACUGCUCAAAAGAGAAGGGCCCAACUUCAUCACAAAGGAAGGUACCGUUUCUGAUCACAUUGAGAGAGUCUACAGAAGAGCUGGCAGCAAAAAAUGUUGGUCGGUGGUGCGCCAUACAGCAAGUCUUUUAAGUAAACUAGUGGACAGCCUGGCCCCAUCCAUUACUAAUGUUUUAGUGCAGGGCAAACAGGUAACUCUGGGUGCCUUUGGACAUGAAGAAGAGGCUAUCAAUCCUUUGUCUCCAAGAGUGAUUAAGAACAUCAUCUAUUACAAGUGUAAUACCCAUGAUGAGAGGGAGUCGGUCAUUCAGCAAGAACUGGUCAUUCACAUUGGCUGGAUCAUCUCCAAUAACCCGGAGUUAUCCCGUGGCAUGCUGAAAAUACGAAGUGGGUGGAUGAUCCAUGCUACGGGGUAUGAACUACAGAUCCGUGGCGGAAACAAGCCAGCCAGAGACUUAUAUCAGAUGUCACCUAGUGAAGUGAAACAGCUUCUCCUGGGUAUUCUGCAGCCUCGACGGAAUGGAAGAUGUUAGCUGAACAGGUGUCAGAUCGAUGGGUCUUUGAAUAGAACUCCCCCUGAGUCCUAUGACUGCGUGUGGCAGAUCCUGGAGCACACACCCAAUGGAAUCAUUGUAGCCGGAAGGCAUUUGCCCCAGCAACCAACCCUGUCAGAUAUGACCAUGUAUGAGAUGAAUUUCUCUUUCCUUGUUGAAGACAUGUUGGGAAAUAUUGACCAGCCAAAAUACAGACAGAUAGUUGUGGAGUUACUAAUGGUUGUAUCCAUUGUACUGGAAAGAAACCCUGAGCUAGAAUUUCAAGACAAAGUAGAUCUAGACAAACUGGCGAAAGAAGCAUUUCAUGAAUUUCAAAAAGAUGAGAGUCUACUAAAAGAAGCUGAAAAACAAGAUGACAUGACUUCCUUUUACAGUACUCGCCCCCUGGGAAAAAGAGGUACAUGCAGCUAUUUGACAAAGGUCGUGAUGAAUUUGCUGCUGGAAGGAGAAGUCAAGCCAAGCAAUGAUGACCCAUGUCUGGUUAGCUAGUGAGGAAGGUGUUAGAGACUCUGUUGAGGAAGGUUUUCCAGAAGUGUGUUAAGUUUGUGUUGAAGCUUAAUCACGGCAGCCAUUAAUGUGUGGGCUGAUCGUGCUGGUGAGUAGUUGCCACACCCUUGGCAGAGUUAUUGGACCUCUUGCAUGCCAUAAGCAAUCUGGUGGUAAGAACUGCUUAUAAUCAAGUGAAAGUAAGUUCUCAUGAUUAUGCCCACUACAAUAAUAAUCUUUACUGAACAAUAGUAAUUGUUUAUGAAUUGAAAGUUCACCACUGCAUGUUUUAUGAUUACACAGCUCGUCAAAAUGAGUCUUUGCACUUUGGACUAAAUUCCCACCUUACUGCCAAUUAAAUGAAUUUUCCAACUAAUUAUGCAUACUAGGAAUGAAAAUAUAUUGAAAGAAUGGUACAUUUUUUUAAGUGGUAUUAUAAUGCUAGAAAAAGAUACCAGUAUGCAUCAUAAAAGCAAGAUCAGCCAGUUGAUAUUUUGAUUCUCAAACUGCAUUAUUGAUAAUAUUUUAGUAUACAGAGCUAUUGUACAAUUUUUGCCUUGUAAACAUGAUUGUGGUUUUGUAUUUGUGCUAACU